UUAGUCACAGAAGCAAACAUGCUCGCAUACGCAGCUUUCGUCCCCACAAACCGACCCUAAGAAAACACUAACUGUACACCACAGCAUUUUGCAAUAGUUUUGUGAAUGUUAAUUUUGGUGUAAACACUUUUGCUGUGUCCAGUGUGUCUGCAAGGAUAUAAAGACUAGGAGAGGAGAGACAUUAGACUUUAAUAACCACUUUAAAGACACAUGGAGGCAUGAUCAUGAGCUGACUGACCUUCCUGCAUCAAGACACAUAGAGAGGAAGCAGCAGUCCUCCAGGCAGCAGAGGCGAGAUGAUGCGACCGGGAGCUAAGCAGUAUGUGGUGGCCAGGCCGCUGUACUCGGAGGAGUCCUUCACCGAGGAGCAUGAGAAGGUCUACAGGCACCAUAAGACCAUGCUGGACCAUGUCAAGCAAUACUUCACAUGUGAUACCAAACGAGCCAAGAAUGCAGCUCUGUCUCUCCUGCCGAUCAUCGGCUGGUUGAAAAUCUAUCGAAUCAAGGAGUGGCUGCUCAGUGACAUUGUGUCCGGUGUUAGCACUGGACUUGUAGCUGUCCUGCAAGGUCUGGCCUACUGUCUGUUGGCCUCUCUGCCACCCUGGUAUGGACUCUUCUCAGCCUUCUUCCCUGUCGUCGUCUACUUUUUUCUUGGCACCUCCAGACACAUCUCAGUCGGUCCGUUCCCAGUCUUGUGUCUGAUGAUUGGCUCAGUGGUGACCAGACUUGUCCCAGACGAGGGUCCUCCCGCCAACAUCACAGGGUUUGAAGGCCUGACGAGAGACGAGCAGAGAGUGUUGGUGGCGUCCUCUGUGACCUUCCUUGCCGGGCUCAUGCAGUUGGCGAUGGGUGUCCUGCAGGUGGGCUUUGUCGUCAUGUACCUGUCGGACACCCUGGUGUCUGGCUUCACCACAGCUGCUGCCAUCCACAUCCUGGUAUCACAGCUGAAGUUCAUACUGGGGUUGACUGUUCCGGGCAUCAGUGGACCACUCGCUAUCAUAUAUACCCUGGAGAUCAUCUUCAACAAGAUAACCUCCACCAACAUCUGUGAUGUGGUGAUCUCCUUGGUGAUCAUGGUGGUGGUGUUCAUUGUGAAGGAGCUAAAUGACAGAUUUAAAUCCAAGCUGCCUGUGCCCAUACCCAUAGAAGUUAUAAUGACUGUCAUUGCUUGUGGAGUUUCUUAUGCAUUUGACUUCAAGACAACGUAUGGCAUCGAUGUGGUUGGCUAUAUUCCAAAGGGGUACGAGCCUCCUGUGGCCCCGAACCUGCACAUCUUCCAGGACACAGCAGUCGAAGCCUUUCCAAUGGCUAUAGUGGGUUUUGCUGUGGCUUUCUCUGUGGCAAAGGUCUAUUCUGUGAAACACGAUUACACAAUAGAUGGAAACCAGGAGCUGAUCGCUUUUGGAGUCAGUAACAUCUUUGGAGCCUCCUUCAAGUCCUUUGCAGCCAGUACAGCUCUUUCCAGGAGUGCAGUACAGGAGAGUACUGGGGGCAAGACUCAGAUAGCUGGUUUACUGUCAGCCAUCAUUGUGAUGAUUGUCACCUUGGCAAUUGGAUUCCUACUGGAGCCCCUCCCGAAGUCUGUGCUGGGAGCUGUGGUCAUUGUCAACCUGAAGGGCAUGCUGAUGCAAUUCAGAGAAGUCCCCUACCUGUGGAGGAGGGACAAACCAGACUGUGUGGUGUGGUUAUGUACCUGUUUUGCUUCCAUCUUACUGGGACUGGAUCUCGGACUGGCUGUAGGUCUUGGUGUGGAACUAGUCAGUGUCGUCCUCAGGACUCAAUUCCCCCGCUGCAGUGUACUAGCCAACAUCAAGGGAACUGAUAUCUACAAAGAUAGAAAGGAUUUCAUCAGUAUAUACGAGCCAGAAGGGGUGAAAAUCUUCAGGAUUCCAUCACCAAUCUUCUUUGCCAACAUUGAGUUCUUCAGGAGCAAGCUGGUGGAAGCUCUUGGAUUUAACCCACUGAGAAUAUUAAGAAAGAGAAAUAAAGCACUGAGGAUGAUCCGCAAACUUCUGAAGAAAGGUGAUCUACAAUGGACAUCAAAAGGCCUAAUGAAUACUUCAUGUAGACCCAUCACUGAAUCAGAGGAUGAGAGCAACAUGGAGGAGCUGGACCUGCCCACAGACUUCAGGGACCUGCCCACCCGCAUUGACUGGAAUGCUGAGCUUCCGGCCAACAUCGCUGUUCCCAGAGUGGACAUUCACACUGUGAUCCUGGACUUCGCCGCUGUCUCCUUCCUGGACAUCUCUGCUCUGAAGGGACUGAAAACAGCACUGAAAGAGUUGAUUCGGAUUGAAGUUGAGGUCUACAUUGUGGCUUGUGAUCCUUAUAUCCUGGAGAAACUGCAUAACUGUAGCUUCUUUGAUGAUGAAGUUAAGCCAUCCAUGUUCUUCUUGACACUGCACGACGCAAUGUUGCACACCCUCGAGAACCAUCCAGAGUCCACAGAAAAGAAAUGCAACUUUGAAAAGGUUAUAACAACAGUCACAGUUCAUCACCCUGGAGGCAGUCUCAGGAGCAGAGAUAGAAAUGCACCAGAUCCAGAAACCAAGUUCUAACUUCAGAAUAAGAAGAUGAUUAUUUCUACUUAAAGAAAAAUUAAGGCAAAAAGAGUGAAUAUUUUACUGAUCAUGCUGUCAUUGAUAUAAUGAACAACGAGAUACUGUUUUUGACUUUGUAAAUCUGACAAUCUAAGUUUACAUACAGUAUUCACUGUAAUGUAAGAAAUCUAAUUUCAUGGUAUUGCUGUUUUUUUUAUAUUGUACAUAGUGAAUUUGUAGAAAAUGUUAGGUGUAAUACAUUUGACAUGUUGUAUAGUUACUGUAUAUUUUCACAACAAUGACAAUAAAUUAACUUUUUUUGGCA